AAAGGAUCGCUUCUUUGUUUUUAAAGUGAAUUAAUUUGAGUUGGAACGUUUUUGCUGAAUCAGAUUAAGAAUGCAUCGUGCCCGUUUGCUUGUAGAAAUGGCUAUGAAAAGUAUGGAGAAGGAAAACUCCAAGCCAAUCUCCAAAGCUUCACGUUCUCCAGUUCUUGAAGAAUUAAACAGUGCACCAAGUAUAUCUCCAGUUCUUCAAGAAUUAAACAAUGAACCAAGUAUAUCUCCAGUUCUUCAAGAAUUAAAUAAUGCAACAAGUGCAUCUUCAGUUCUUCAAGAAAUAAUCAGUGCACCAAGUACAUCUUGCAGUGUUGGGCAAAAGAAAUAUUAUAUUUCCCCUAUUCGCACUGAUCACAGUGACUUUGAUGAUUCCGAUGCUGACCCUAAUUUUAUACCCAAUCCAAUAAGAAAUGCUCAAAGUUUAGCGCAACGUCUAUUAACAAAACCUCCAACUCGUUCUUCGUCAAGUGGCUCAACUUCAAGCAGCUCUUCUUCAAAAAGUUCCAGCUCCUCAUCAAAUAGCUUGGAUAAUGAAACAAACAAUUCUGUGAAUCCCACUACAUCAACAGACGGACCAGCUGUUCAAAGUGUUUCAGAGAUGAAUAUUGUUCCAGAAGUGGAAGUGGAACAAAGAGGCAGAAAGAGGGUAAGACAACCAAAUAAUUGGAAAUGUAAAAUUGCAAAAACUCUUCGCAAUUCUGGCAAAGCGUACCAGUCGAAUACUAAAAAACAAGCAAAAGAGAUGGGUCCGGCGUGUGGCGAAAAAUGCAGGUUGAAUUGCAAAUCAAAGAUAGAUGAGACAUCAAGACAGAGUAUUUUUAAAAACUAUUGGAGCUUGGGAGAUUUGCAGAAACAAAGAGAAUUAAUUAUUCGGCAUACAAAAGAAAUUAAACCAAAAUACAGAUACUCAUCCACUCAAAAUUUACGACAACUUAAUACCGCAUUUCAUUUCCAGCUAAACCAUAUAAAUGUUAGAGUCUGCAAAACAUUUUUUAAAAAUACUCUAGCUAUUAACGACAGAAACAUUGCUACUGCACUAACAAAAAAAAACAGAGACUGGUUUUGUGCAAGAAGAUAUGAGAGGGAAACAUGGAAAGCAACCCGCUAUGAAACCAGCAGUCUACGAUAGUGUCAAGAGUUUUAUCGAUAGUAUACCACGAAUCGAAUCACACUAUCUCAGAGCACAGACGUCGCGAGAGUUUAUUCAGUGUGAUAAAUCCUUAGCUGACUUAUACCGCGACUAUAAAGACAAUUGUGAAAAAGAGAACCUGGAAUAUGCUUCUGCGUCAUCGUUUAACCGCAUCUUUAACAAAGAUUUCAAUAUUUCGUUUUACACACCAAAAAAAGAUCAGUGUGAUCUUUGCAAAAGUUUUAAAAAUGCUGAAGAAGAAGAAAAACAAGAAAUUGUUGCAAGUUAUGAAAGCCACUUGAAAGAAAAAGAACUGUCCAGAAGAGAAAAAGAAAAGGACAAAUCUGGGACCGAUAACACAAUUGUUGCAGUUUAUGAUUUGCAAGCAGUGAUGCCCAUUCCAAAGGGGCAAGUUUCAGUUUUCUAUUACAAAAGUAAAAUUAAUUGUUUUAACUUCACUGUAAGCGAUUUACAUGCUAAAAACGUAGAAUGUUUUUGUUUGGGACGAAACGGAGGGAAAACGAGGUGCCAUUGAAAUUGGAAGUUGCAUACUGAAUUAUAUAGAAAGAAUUACUCAAGCUUAUACUGAUGAAGAACUGGACUUUAUAUUUUACUCUGAUAAUUGCUGCGGGCAGCAAAAAAAUAAAUAUCUCCUUUCAGCUUACGCUUACGCAACACAAAAAAUGAACGUGAAGAGUAUAACACAUAAAUUUCUGAUUAGAGGUCACUCUCAAAACGAGGGUGAUAAUGUGCAUAGCGUGAUAGAAAAGCAAGUGAAGCGCUUUCUUAAAUCUGGCCCAAUCUAUGUUCCUCAACAAUACAUAACUUUGAUACGUGCUGCCAAAAAGACAGGAGAGCCCUACAAAGUGAACGAAAUGGAUCAUGACAAAUUUUACGACCUGAAGAUUCUCCAAGAAGAGUGGGGCAACAAUUUUAAUAUGAACGAAAAAAAAAGCAAGUUAAAUGGCACGACAUAAAGGUACUUCGUGUUGAAAAAGAAUUCCCGUUUUCUUUUUUCUACAAGAAUUCUUAUGAAGAAGAAAAUUACGAAAAAGUUUUCGUACGUAAUAAGCGACAAACAAUUAAUCGAAAUGUACUGUUGGAUAUGAAAUUGAAACCAGCGUACACCGAAAAUAUUCCACUAACCGAACAUAAAAAAAAGGACAUAAACGAACUUAUCGUAAAAAAAAUUAUUCCCCGAUCGUUUUACGAAUCUUAUUUUCAAAAAAUAAUUAAUUAACGUUUUUAAAAAACAAA